CAUCUGUUCCGAGCAGAGAGGAGAGCGGCUGGUGUGCUUCAGCUGCUCGGUUCUGUAAAAUGAUUGUAUGAGAGAGACUGGAACAACAUCGCCGGUAUACAGCUUAAGUAAAGCACAAAUAUCGCUUAUUUGUAGUUUGUAAGUUUUUUUCCGGACGGAGCGCUUUUAGCUCGUAACCAUGACAGCGCUGUCGCUGAUUUUAAUGGCCGUGUCUGCCGCCUGUGUUCUGGCCGAGUCCUCUGUGUAUUUCCGAGAGCAGUUUGAGGAUGGUGAUGGCUGGAACACUCGCUGGAUGGAAUCCAAGCACAAAACAGACUACGGCAAGUUUGUCCUGUCUGCAGGGAAGUUUUAUGGAGACGCAGAGAAAGACAAAGGUCUGCAGACGAGCCAGGAUGCCCGCUUUUAUGCUUUGUCAGCCCGUUUUGAUGACUUCAGUAACAAAGGCCAGCCGUUGGUCAUCCAGUUCACCGUGAAACACGAGCAGAGCAUCGACUGCGGCGGAGGCUACAUCAAACUGUUCCCCUCUGGGCUCAACCAGGAGGAAAUGCACGGAGACUCCGUCUACAACAUCAUGUUUGGUCCUGAUAUUUGUGGCCCAGGCACAAAGAAAGUUCACGUGAUCUUUAACUACAAAGGCAAAAACCACCUGAUUAACAAAGAUAUCAGGUGCAAGGAUGAUGAGUACACACACUUGUACACGCUGAUCGUCAACCCUGACAACACUUAUGAGGUUAAGAUCGACAACAAGAAGGUUGAGUCUGGCAACCUGGAGGAUGACUGGGACUUUCUGCCCUCGAAAAAAAUCAAGGACCCCAAUGCCAAAAAGCCCGAGGAAUGGGAUGACAGGGAGAAGAUUCCAGACCCGGAUGAUAAGAAACCUGAGGACUGGGACAAGCCCGAGAACAUACCGGAUCCAGAUGCCAAAAAGCCCGAUGACUGGGAUGAUGAGAUGGAUGGAGAGUGGGAGCCGCCGAUGAUCACCAACCCUGAGUACAAGGGCGAGUGGAAGCCCAGAGAGAUCGAUAAUCCUGCCUACAAAGGCAAGUGGAUCCACCCUGAGAUUGAGAAUCCAGAGUACACAGCUGACCCGGAGAUCUACAAGUAUGACAGCAUCGGCGUGAUCGGGCUGGACUUGUGGCAGGUCAAGUCUGGGACCAUCUUUGACAACUUCCUAAUCACCAGUGAUCCUAAACUGGCUGAGGAAGUUGGCAACGAAGCCUGGGGCAAAACUAAGGAGAGUGAGAAAAAGAUGAAGGAACGCCAAGAGGAAGAGGAGAGGAAGAUGCGGGAAGAAGAGGACAAGAAGAGAGAUGAGGUGAAGGAAGAUGAGGAGGAAGAAGAGAAGGAUGAGGAGGAGGACGAUGAAGAGGAGGAGGAGGAAGAAGGAGAGGAACCAGAAGAGGAGGGGGAAGAGGAAGAAGAUGAAGCCACAGACUCUCAACUCAAGGAUGAGUUAUAAACUCAGGAACUGCUCUGUUUGAGUCAGUGGGCUGUUGGAAGGAGACUGAAAUGAAAGACCUUGAUAACUGUCACCUUGGGGCGGGGCCUGGGUGGGAUGGACUUUUUCAUUUGUUUGUUUACAAAACAAGAGGGAUAGGUCAAUAAGGGCAAUUACUGUUGUGUUUCCUGUUUCAAUGAGCCACUAUUGCUACUAUUAACAUAAUUAUUGUUAUAUAAAUUGGAAUAAUAGAAAUGAUCCGCUGAAACGAAUGUCGAUUAGUAAUUAUUAAGCUGCAAGCCGUAAUCAGCAGCUGUCUAUAAACUAUCAUAUGUUUAAUGAGAUCUAGGUUUAUGUGAAGCUUUGACAGGAAAAUAUAUUUAGUGUGUGGAUGGUGCCAUGAAAAUGUUUUGUUUACCUCGUGUGCUUUGUGUGUUAUUUGUUUUUGUAAAUGUUUUGCACUAAUUCAUGUCAGUCUGAAAGGAUUGGAUUGAGUUGGGCAUCUUCACGCAGGUUGUCUGUCCUGCAUUAACAUUAAAUUAAAACAAGGUUUAAUGGGAACCACCAUCAGGACUAAGGCUUUGUAUUUUACACCCAGCACUGAACAGCCAUCUGGCUGGUUAUAUAGGCUGCUUUACGCUGACGCCCCUUCCAUAGUUUCAUAACCAACACUUCCACAGUGCACCUUCUGUAGUCUUGCGUUUACAUUAAGCUACGUUAAGGGUUAGAUGCACCUUAGGGCCUCUUCUGUAGCAGUAAAUCAUCUGAUCAUUUGGGACCCAAAUGACGGUUUAAUCAGUUUCCUUCUGUCUGAUUUCUGUACUUCUGCACUGCUGUACCCCGGCACCCUGUCUCAUACACUUUCAACAAUGCUCCUUUUGUAAAACACACAUUUUGUACUAAUGGUAAGAAAUGAAGUAGGGGCAAAUUUUAUGUUGCUGUGCAAAUAAUAAAAAUCUGAAGAAAUCAAACUGGAA